AUGAUUCACAUGUUGCCAUCUCACAGAAAUUUAAACGACGUACAAACUCAUGAAAUCGAUUUGGCGAAGGAUGCUGGAUUAUUUUUUAAAGGAACUUUUGAUUAUAUGAAUCUUCAAGCUGGUGGCCAAGAAAAUUUGGGCUAUACUAAGUUAGAUCAUAAGAACUACCUUCGAACCAAAAGGCAAAAAGCUAUGGGACAAGGAGAAGCAGGAGUACUAUUAGAAUAUUUUGAGAAAAAAAGAGUUGAAGAUCCAUCUUUCUUUUUUGCGGUACAGUUGGAUGCUAGUGAUAUGAUCACGAACAUAUUUUGGACAGAUUCUAAGUUGAUAACAGAUUAUGAGAUUUUUGGAGAUGUGCUUUCAUUUGAUACUACGUACCAGACAAAUAAAGAGCAUAGACCUUUGGAUAGUUUCGUUGGAUUUAAUAACCAUAGAAAAAUGAUUAUUUUUGGAGGUACACUGAUGUAUGAUGAGAUUUCAGAAUCUUUUCAGUGGUUGUUCGAAAUAUUUCUUAGAGCAAUGUCUGGAAAAACACCAAAAACUCUUUUUACAGAUCAACAUGCUGCUAUGAGUAAGGCCAUCUCAUUCGCCAUGCCUGUAGUUCAUCAUAGAAAAUGCAUUUACGAGUAUAAGGAUGAAGGAGAAUUUUUAAAUGCUUGGAAUGCUAUGCUUGAUGAAUAUAAUCUUCAUGAAAAUGAAUGGUUUCAAGGAAUAUACGCUUUGAGAGAAAAAUUAUUUGCAACAUAUAGAAAGCAAACCUUUUCCGGUGGCAUGAAUAGCACACAAUUAAGUGAGAGUUUGAAUAGUGAAUUAAAGGAUUAUUUGCAGUCUGAUUAUAAUUUGGUACAGUUUUUUAAGCAUUAUGAUAGAGCAAUUGAAGAUAAAAGAUAUAAUGAGCUGCAAGAUACAUGUGAUGCAUCACAACGGUUGCCAGUACUAAAAGCAAAGGUGCUAAUUUUGUUUCAUGCUAGAGAGUUUGAGUCUAUGGGUAUACUUUGUUGUCAUAUAAUAAGAAUUCUUGAUGUGAUAAGAGAAGUGGAUAAAAUUCUAUAUGAGUAUAUUUUGAAAAGAUGGACAAAAACUGCAAAAGCCGUAAAUAUUAAAGAAAUUGAUGGGCAAGAUAUAGAGAUAAAGGAUUCAAAGCUAAUCAUUGUAAAUCGUUAUAGAAUCAUUUGUCCUAUAUUUGUUAGAAUGACAGCUAAAGCUUCUGAAACAGAUGAAGGCUAUAAGCUAGCGGCAACAUGUGCAAAUGAGUUAAGUGCAAGAUUGAAACAAAUUAUGGAGGUGACAUCUCCAUCUCUCCAUCUCUCCAUACUACUGGUUUAA